CAGUAACCUCCCUUCGUUAAUAACAGAAAGAUGUCAUUCAAGCGAGUAGGACCUGAGUUGCACGAGUCAAACAACUGACGAUGUAAACAUGGAAGAGGGUGGCAAUGCUUUCCGUUAGCUCUUUUCGGAUUCCAGUUAUUCAACAUGAACACCAGGAUAGCUAAGACCUACCAGUAUGAGUGAUAAGUAUGAUGAAGAUCUGUACGACAAUCCCUUCUUCAACGCCCUCCAGCGCCAGUUUCCAGACAUCCUUAACAAGGCAGCAGCAGAUGACUGGCUGGUGUGCAUUCCCCAGUUCAAGAGUGUGCCAAAGCAGCCAGUGAGCCCCGCCGAUGUCGAGGAUCACGUCCUGGUCCCCCGGGGUUGGGCGGAGGAGGCUGAAGAUGCGCAUCAGCUGUACCAGUCCUUGUCCUCAAAGGACUGUGAGAUUGUGAAAGGCAGGAUUGUCACAAAGCAAGGAUAUGAAGUUUCACAGGAGGUGAUGAUUCUGUUUGAGGAGACUUUCCACACGGACAAUGACGAGAGCUACAGGGUGGUGUGUGUUGACAGAUAUCUCAACUCAAAAACAGAUGCAACUCUUUCUGAAGAGGGUAACACCAUCAAGAGACCUACAUCGUUUGAGCAGUGCAUUGACCUACUCUGGAACCAUACUGGAGGAUGGAAGGCAAGAGACAACAUUGACAAGAUGCUUAACACCUUCUCCAUGGCCUUUGACCAACUGGAAGGCCAAGGUCUUCGCAGUAUCAUGGAUGCAGCAAGUGCACAGUUCACCAAGGUCAUGCAGUAUGUGCUGAAGGAUGCUGUACUGAAAAGAACAGCUCGCCAUAGUACUCACUAUAUGGAAAACAUAAAAAUUGCUGUUGAGACAUACUACAUGCAUGCAGUGUUCAGGAAACUGUUCCGUGUUGUGACUGCAUGCGUGGGUUCGGAGGAUGCAGACAUGAAUAAACUGACUCGGAACCUAACCGAUCUGACCCUGCAGGAUCUGGGCAUCAAGAAGGUUUUCAGUAAGAAUGUGUCUUUGGCAAAGGUUGAACUGUCCCGGUUGAACAACUUCACAACUCCUGUAGGUCGACUAUUUUGUGUGAAAAGAAUGGUGGCUGCUCUCACCAAGCCGAGGAAGGGAUCAGGACCCACAGGUACUGAAGACAUGAUGACAACGGAUGACUUUCUUCCAAUUUUGAUAUACCUCAUAGUGAAGUCAGAAAUACCGAACUGGACAGCAAACCUUGCCUUUAUGACACACUUCCAUUUUGCAAAGUGCUCAGAAGAUGCUGAAUUUGGGUUCUACCUGGCCUCCAUUGAAGCAGCUCUGCAGCACAUCAAAAGUGGGAAGGUGAAGGACGAGGUCUUCAGCAGGGACAUGAUCAAGGACCACAACUGGCAAGGAGUGAACGGUGUGAUGGAUGAUGGCCUACAGCGACAGUCCAGUGGCCCUAACCUGCCAGUUGUUGAUGAGUUCUUCAAGCAAGUACAGAACGGGGAUGAGGCUGCGGUGCAGGAGAUGCUGGAGCAGCCGAAGAAGGCAUCAGAUGAGCUGGUCAGCAAACUGUGUCAUCCGUUGUGUACCUGUGACAAGUGUGAGAAGAUCCAUGCACAGAUCCGCUCCAACUCCAACCUUGUUACUGCCUAUACCAGGGAUACCCGAGGGUUACACAGGUACAUACUCAGAUCUUGUGGCUUAGCAUUACACAUUGCAGCUUCCUGUGGCCAGGCCCAGCUGAUUGAUGUGCUGGUGAAACACGGGGCGGUCGUGGAUGCUGCCGAUUACCUCGGUCUCACACCGCUACAUCUGGCCUGUCAGAAGGGCUUCCAGAGUGCCAUGCUGUUACUGCUUCACUUCCAUGCCAGUAUUACAACCGUGGACAGUGACGGCAACACACCUCUACAUCUCUGUGCAGCAAACGGACAUGACGAUUGUGUGAAGGCUCUCAUCUUCUUUGACAAUAAUGCUAGAAGAAUCAGCAUCAACGCCUUGAAUGACAUCGGAAACACACCCCUCCACCUCGCCUCCAAGUGGGGAUAUGAGACCAUCGUGAAGGUAUUGCUGGAGAAUAAUGCGGACCCCAAUAUUCGGAACCGGAAGAAGCAGAGCCCCCUCAGCCUGACACAGAACGUUAAUGUCCAGCGGCUGUUGACGCUGAGUGGCCGUGGUAUCAUGAUACUUCCCACCAACAGUGAACCAAUCAUGCCAGCUGUGAAGCCCGUUGUCCUCUCCCCCACAUCUCCCACUAGCCCCACAGGAGUAUCCCAGGUGCAGCGCAUCAACAGCAUCAUCAGCACCACCAGCACCACCAGCUCUGCAUCAGCCGACAGCACCUUCAAAUUCGAAACCGCCACGCUUGAUGACUCUCUCAAUGAAAAAAUCAAGAAGAAGCUGGAUAAACUCUUCAGGGCUAUCAUUGAUGGAGAUACACAGUUGGUGAAGUUCUACCUCGGUUUUGACUCCGCGACGGAUGACCUGGAUGACUUUGAUGACAACAGUGAUAUAGUGGAUGGUGCUGACCAGUCAGCUGAACCCUGCCAUCCUCUGUGUCAGUGCUCCAAAUGUCGCAACCAUUUCAAAACUAGCCCUCGGUCUUCCAGCGAGCUGUCUGUGAACACAGUGUCAAGCAAUGGCUACUCCCCUCUCCACAUGGCCGUUCUGCACCAGCAACCUGACCUGGUCAACCUCUUCCUUGAGAGAGGGGCAGUGGUCAACGUACACAACCAGAAGCUCGUCACAUCCGUCCACCUGGCAAUCUGUGUACAGAACGAGAAGAUCCUUAAGCAAUUGCUGGAUGCAGGAGGUUCAGUGGAGGUACAGGACAUCAACGGGGACACUCCACUUCACAUCAGCUGUGCUAAAGGCUUCGCUGCCGGUGUUAAUAUGCUGCUCCAGCAUCGAGCCAGUGUAAUGACCAAGAAUAGGAGAGGAACCACCCCUCUACAUUUAGCGACAGAACGAAACCAUCCAGGCAUAGUACAGAUCCUCAUCAACCAUGGUGCUGAUGUGAGAGUGAAGAAUCUACAGGGUCUGAUACCAGCAGAUCUCACACAGAACUCAGCUGUGAAGCGUCUCCUGGAGACUCAGAGGCCUCCAUCGCAGGCAGAUCCCAGAAGGUCUGGUAAUGCAGGUGCUGCUUCAUGUCGGGAUACAGACAAACGUCACGUUGGCAUCCAAGACCUCUUUGCAGCAUUUGAGGAGUCAGACCUUCACACCUUGAAGAAUCUUACAUCAGCAAUCCGGUCGUUUGACGGGAGUCACAGCUUGAGGAGGACCAGCACCCGUGACCUCAGUGCACCUCGGCUAGAUGCAACUCUAGCCCGGAAUCUAUCCAUCCGAAGUUUUGACCACAGUCAACUCCGUCACACGGACUCGGUGGACAAGGCUGAGCCCCUGUACAUAUAUAAGCUGGCCAUGCAGGGUCAGCAGGACAGGGGGAUGCUGGCAGAAAAUGUUGCAGAGUGGGAGGUGAUAACCUCCGACAGUGACUCCGAUGAUGAUUUGUUCAGAAGUACCAGACCUGUUAAGGCGACUCCAAAAGUGUUGUCGGAAUCAGAGCUGAAGGAUCUCAUUGAUGUUGAACUGUGAUAACAUUAUGAUAAAUUCCAACCCAACAACAUCAGAUUGUCUGAUAUGAUCUCUCAAAGUGUACAUACCUAAGAAUACUUCCACAGAGAAUUGUGUCAGUGAAACUUGAGCAACAUUGGCUACUCAAUGUAAUAGGGCCUGUAAGACUCCUGAUGCGCUACUUCCAGUAUUAAGCUGUUUCCUGGCUCCCUUUGUGUGAGAUGGGGCCCAGUUUAUUUCCGGUGACAAGCAUAUACUCAAGAACCAGUUCUGGUUCUAAAUUGCACAACCACCAAAUAUGAAUAUACUAGACAGGACUAUAUGUACAACCAUGCUUGGCUGUCACAGCUGUUGACAGUUGUAAUAGUUGUCUUAUUUGGGGAUGGUGAGGUCAGACAUUUGUUAUUCCUGCAAGGAUUAUAGGUUCCUUACCGUCAACUGACACCCAUGAGACCAUUUGAAAAGGUAUGAAACAUUGUUUGUCAGAGAAGUACUAAGGUCUAAGUGCCAUGACCUACUUAUGGGCCCUAUCGAAGGAUGCUGGAUUCCGGAGCCAUUGAGAUGUCAGCUUUCUAAGAUGUUUCGACAUGUUUCGUGAAGGUUUAAUUCCUCCUUGGAUGCUCAUGUGAACUGGUCAUGUAUUUGCUUUGUUUGUUUGUCGUUAAACUACCCACUCAGCAAUAUUCCAGCUAUAUGAUAGCAGUAUGUUAAUGAAGUCAGGACAAGACAAUCCAGUGCCAAAUGAGAAUAUAUUGCGUAAUCGGUACAAGUUGAGCACUGCGAUACUUGUGAUAUCGUGGCAAGUUGUUGUUCUUUGUAUCAACACAUGGGGUUAGAGUAUCGUGAGAAUGUUAUCAGUCCUUUGAAUGAAGCAUUUACUCGAAUGUGACUCCAGAGCUUUAGCCUGAACUUUCCAUCCUAGUGCUGAACUUCCUCAGUUGGGUUCUGGGCUGUAUUCUUCGCCAUCCACAGGGGCUUGUAACAUUAAAAACUGCCAUCAAGGUA